UUCAUAUACACAAACCAUAAAAAAACACAAUCCUCAUUCAUCUACCACUCCCAAAUUAUUCUUUCAAUUUCUCAAGUUUGUAAUUCAAUUCCAAAUUCUUAUCUAAUGACUAACAUGUACAAUCGGAAAUCGAAAACCAGUGAUAUCGCCACAAUGAAACCCCUAGACCCAGAGGAGUUCAGGAGACAAGGUCAUCUAGUCGUUGACUUUCUCGCAGAUUACUACAAGAACGUCGAUAAGUACUCAGUCCGCAGCCAAGUUGAGCCGGGAUACCUGAAGGACCGGCUACCUAACUCGGCCCCAAACGAACCGGAACCGAUCGAACAAAUCCUCCACGACGUUCAGAACGACAUCGUCCCCGGUCUAACACACUGGCAGAGCCCUAACUACUUCGCCUACUUCCCCUCGAGCGGAAGCAUCGCUGGAUUCCUCGGGGAAAUGCUGAGCACGGGAUUCAACGUGGUCGGAUUCAACUGGAUGUCGUCUCCGGCCGCCACCGAGCUCGAGAGCAUCGUGAUGGACUGGCUCGGGAAGAUGCUCCAGCUUCCGUCGGAGUUUCUCUUCUCCGGCGGCGGCGGCGGCGUGUUGCAGGGGACCACCUGCGAGGCCAUACUCUGCACAAUGGUCGCCGCCAGGGAUCGAGUCCUGAAGAAGAUUGGGAGAGAGAACAUCAACAAAUUGGUUGUGUACGGAUCGGAUCAGACGCACUCUGCUUUGCAGAAAGCAGCUCAGAUUGCCGGAAUCAACCCUAGCAAUUUCCGCGCCGUGGCGACGUCGAGAGCCACCGAAUUCGGGCUCACAGCAGAGGCAUUUCGGGCUCAAGUCGAAUCUGACGUGGAAUCAGGCCUGGUUCCUCUGUUUCUGUGCGCAACGAUCGGAACGACGUCGUCUACCGCAGUAGAUCCGCUCGGCCCGCUCUGCUCUGUGGCGAAGGAGUUCAAAAUUUGGGUGCACGUCGACGCCGCCUACGCCGGAAGUGCCUGCAUCUGCCCGGAAUACCGCCAUUUCCUCGACGGCGUUGAAAACGCCGAUUCCUUCAGCUUCAACGCGCACAAAUGGUUUCUCACAACGCUCGAUUGCUGCUGUCUGUGGGUGAAGGAUCCAAGCGCGCUGGUGAAAGCGCUCUCGACAUAUCCGGAAUAUCUAAGAAACAAAGCUUCUGAUGAGAAAUCGGUGAUCGAUUACAAGGAUUGGCAGAUCACUCUGAGCCGUCGAUUCAGAUCUCUGAAACUAUGGCUCGUGAUCCGGAGCUACGGCGUCGCGAAUCUGAGGAAAUUUCUGCGGAGCCACAUCAAAAUGGCGAAGAAUUUCGAAGGAUUGAUCGGAAUGGACAAGCGAUUCGAGGUGGUGGUGCCGAGAAACUUCGCCACCGUGUGCUUCCGCAUUUCGCCGAUCGAGAUCAGCGGAAAUCACCAGAUCGUGUCAAAGGAGUUGGCGGCGAACAAUAUAAACGCGAAAUUACUGGAAACGAUAAACGAAUCGGGGAAGAUUUACAUGACGCAUGCGGUGAUCGGAGGAGUUUAUGUGAUGCGGUUUGCCGUCGGAGCCACCUUGACGGAGAACAGACACGUCAUCUUGGCUUGGAAAGUUGUUCAAGAACAUGCAAACGCCCUCUUAAAUUCCUCUUAAAUUUUAGCAUAUUGGUUUAUUUAAUUUAAUGUGCAUUUUAAUUUGUAGAAAUGUAAGUCCUAUUCAUAAUAAAUUUUGGAAGGAAAAUAAUAUUUUUGUUUUAAGAUUCGUAUUCAAAGAACUAGUGGGCUCAAUCUUAGUUGGUAUAUUUGGUGGACCA